CAGCCUAAGUGAGGGAGAAAAGUGCGCCCUCUUCUACAUGCUGUCACACACCUUCAACAGUGGGCCUCCACCGCGGAACGGAAAGACGCUUCUGAAGAAGGUGCAAGAGCAAGGCGUCGUCGGUGUGGCCCACAACGCGACCAUGAGCAUCGCCCUUGGUCACGUCCUCAAGGGUUUGGUGGCCAGCAAGUACGCGCAGAGGGACACGGCCGAGAACGUACUGCACACGCUGAAGCCCUCCGGACAUCUGGACCAGGGUCACGCCGUGGUCGACCACGUGUACGGACCUACGGUGGCCGUGCACCUGGGAACGGUGUCUUCGUGGUCAAAUAGCAAGAUGCCCACCAUUGGGGGCGGCGGUCUGUGGACAACGCCCACGUGUCCCCGGCAGUUCCGGGUUGCUGAUAGGACGGCGAGACUCACCGAUGCAGAAAUACUCGGAACCCUGGAUGGUUUUAUCCUGGCCAUGACGAUGAAGAGAAUGAACAAAGAUCGACCGCGCCGACUAAGCCAGAUUAUUGACGGCUACUACAGCUUCAGGGGCAUCCGGGAACUCCUUCCCGAGUUCCCCGAGGGCCUUUCUUUUUGCAAGCGGAAGCAGGCCGUGGCGCGGCUACUGUCAGCACCCAGGCUAGAAGAACAAGUGGUGCUGGUGGCGAGAAUGUACGCUCAACUGGUCAACGACGCCGAGUUGAAGCGCAGCGCACUGAAGAACUCCCUGCUGCCCACCCUCAAGAGCUUUCACUCUAGGCUUGACCAUCUGCUCAAACCAUCAAAGGAGUGCCUUGAAAACAACGAUGAUAACCUGGGUACGUAA